UCGCAUCGGAGGUCCUCUUUGCUUUUGGUUUUCCUUGGUUGUCGUGAUCGUGGAUUGCGGCGGCUGGUUCAUCACGAUCCAGACGGCUGCCUUAAUCAUAUCCAUCUAAAGACAGAGAAGUUGGCCCCGCGAGGCGAAGGUGGUUUGGAACGCGAGAUGGCACCCACGAGGGGAAGGAGGAGGAGAGGAAAAGUGGAGGUUGGCGAAGCAAGGUAUGAUGACAUCCCCGUGGAGAGCGAAGGCGAUACGAGGGAUGAGGAGGAUGAGGAGGAGGAGGAGGAGGAGGAGGACGAAGAUGAGCCACAAGCCGAAGUGAUCGGGCCACCGGUGAAGAAAACGGGGCGUGGGAAAUCGGAGAAGAAGUUUUUUGAAGCUUUUGAGUUGGAGGGUGUUCGAUACAACUUGGAGGACUUUGUGAUGGUCCAGCAAUCGAAGAACGAGGAGAAACCGUACGUGUCAGUAGUGAAGGAAAUAUGGCAGGGAAAGGAUGGCGCGGUGAAGAUCACCGGUCAGUGGUUCUAUCGACCCGAAGAGACGGAGAAAAAGGGAGGUGGAAAGUACAAGGGAAAAGACCCGAGGGAACUUUUCUACAGUUUUCACAAAGACAUUGUCCCCGCGGAAGCUGUGAUGCACAAGUGCGUUAUCCAUUUCAUACCGCCUGGCAAACAGGCCCCAAUUGCAAAUGUCCAGCCGGGUUUUCUCUGUCGAGGGGUGUACGACCCUGUGGACAAGAAAGUGUGGAGUGUGAGCGAUCGGGAUUUCAAGGAUGCCCAGCAGAGGGAGAUUGACGAGCUGAUUGAUCGGACAAGACAGUACUUUGGGGAGUGCGUGGAGAUGAGCGAUUCGGUUGGGGCGGAGAGGGAUAGUAGGCACAAUGGAGGAAAUGCGAACGAAACCGCGGCGCCUGCGGCGAGAAAGCAAGGGGGUGGAGGGCGGUUGCGGAAGGAUGGCAAGAGAGUUUUCGAGUCCAUCGAUGCGCCGGAGGUGAGACUUGUAGGGAAGAAAGAACCUGUUGCGAAUAAGGCUGAACCACAGGUAGGGGGAGCGAGUGUCGAGAACAGUAAGGAGAAAGCUGGAUCGGAGGAAAAGGAGGGCGCAGGGAGCAAGAAAAGUGGAGGAAAAGGAGGCGAUCUGACGGUGGAGGUCGGAGGAGCGUUUGAUGUUGAAGGGAAGGGGGGAACCCUAGGGGCGAAUGUGGACGAGGAAAGCGAGCUCGAAUCGCUUUUCCGGUCAACAAGAAGAAGCAAGACAGGUGUGAAGGCCAGAGAUAUAUGGAUGGAAAAGUUGCUUCAGGCUGUGAAAAAGCACAUUCGGGAUGUGAAAGGGCCGCCAAUGGACGAGUCUUCUGCUGCGGGAGCACUACAUUCUACCGGUUCCGGAGGACAGACACCGGUGGGUUCGGCAGGUGCUCCGGAGGGUGACAACAACCGGAGGGAAACAGAUGCAGCAGCUUUUGAACCUGCCAUGGGACCCUCGACGCCGUCUCAAGGAGGAGGUGCAGGAAUGGAAGGGUCAUUGCCAGUCAACAGUGAGAUAGCAGGCGGCGAAAUUGAUGGCGGAGAACAAGAGGAGGAAGGGGGAGGAGCCAAUGGUAAAUGCCAAAGAGACGGCCAGCGGCAAGAGGAGGAUGUGAAGGGGUAUGAUCACUGCGAAAAGGACGGGCAAGGCUGUGUGGAAGAGAAAGAAAAGUCGGAAAGUCUUGCCACGGCUGUCGAGCGCACAGUGUGCAUGAUAUGCAAACUGGAAGAAGAGGCUCACCGGCAGCUUGGUGCCGAUCCCAAAAAGUACAACCUCAAGAUGCGAUCUUUGGAAUACAAUCUACGUAACGGCCAGGUGCUUUCGCGGCGCGUUAUAACUGGGGAGCUGGAUUCUGCGGCAGUGCUGCAUAUGUCACCCACAGAGCUCAAGGAUGGAUACACGGUGACGGAGAAAGAACUGCAUGAGCCAGAAGAGCCCGAGACUUUCCAGAUGACGGAUGCACGGUGCAAGCUGUGCGGAGAGAAGCAGAUGGCCGUCAAGGACAUUAUUCAUGUGGGCUACGGUGAUCGGUAUCAACUUGAGUGCUUGAAGUGCGGACAUGCUAGGAGCGCUCCUCUGGACGCUGUGUCGUCUCUCAGAGUGGAACUGCCUAAGGUCAGCCCAGCUGUCGUAGGAGUGGCACCUUGGGCAACGUCGAAAUUCUCGGACAUCGAGCCAGACCAUCAGCAGACGCCCCGGACGCCGUUCACGUCAUCGCCAGUUGGGUUGAGCAGGGAGCCAGUCAACCCUGCAUCUACUGUGCCGGCAUGCGUUGGUGACGGCGCUGGUGAACCCCCAGUGGCAUUUGCCGGCAAUGUGGCUGGCAGCUCGGAAGAUGCCUUUGCCGAACGAGAUGUUGCCGAUAAAGAUAAAGGAUCAACUGGAACGGGGCAGGCAGCAACGCCAAUGGAACUUGAUGAUGAAGGGGGAGAUGUCGAUCGUGGAGAAGGAAGCCCAGGGCAUGCGCCUGACAAGAGGGAAGUAGCAAAGUCUUUCGAAGGGAAGGGGGAUCAGAACGUGGAACAGGCCAUAGAGUGUACUGCGGAUGCGAACGGUAAGUCGAAGAAGGAAAUUGCCCAGGAUGAAGAUGUUAGGCAGGAUGGGAACAUGGGGAACAGCACAGCCGAGAAGGAUGGAAAGGAUGCUGAACGAGAGAGCGAUUGUGAUGCCGCGGAGAAAACAAAUGAAGGAAAUGCUGCUGCUGCAGAGGAGUGGUUGGGUCAAGUGGAACUGCAUGGAAAAGCUGUCGCAGCAUCGGAAGGAAGCGUGGUUGCAGAACCAGAGCGGCUGGUUACAGAAGGAACACGUGAAAUCGCCGCUAAGGAGAUGGUUGUGGAUGGUGAAGUGGGAGUUACGGGGGGGGGCGAGGAAUCGAUAGGAAUAGCAGUGCCAAAGGAAGAGCAAAAUGGUCCUUGCUUAGUGUCUCCGUGAAGAAUUGUGUGAUAAAUAGAAUUGAGGACAAGAAAACAGUGUAGCAGCGCGAGAAGAACCCUCAAUGAACUGUGGCAUGGGUCUUGAGGGGAAGGCGUUACCAUAUUUAAGGAAGCCCUGCGAGGAGGAGAAUGAGUUGUAAAGCCCGCUGGCGAUUGCACUGGUUUAUGACUGUUUGUUGGGGAUUCGGGGAGUUGACAAAAGCGUUCUCAAAGACAGGGAAGUGAGAGUUUGGGGCUCUCUCCGAAGGAGAGAAGGGGAAUGACAAAGCAAUUCCUUUGUGUACUGUUGCCUGGAGGGCCGUGGAGGUGGUGAAGAGUGUAAAGAUGUACAACAACGACAGGUAGUAAGUAGCUGCUGUCCCAGAUAUCCUGUGGAAGAAGUGUAUGAAAAGCCUCACAGUUUACAAAUGUGUAGUGACAUGGGGGAAAUGGGGAGGAAGUGAUUAGAACGGCAAUGAGGGGAGGAUGCCUUUCUACGUGGGUGGCUAGGGAUGUGACAGGGAUUUGUGGUAUUGAAGAGGUAGGAAUGAUAUGAGGAGCACAACGGGAAACAAUUCUGUUUGUUUCCUUUCCUCCCAGAAGGAAGGAAUAUGUUGAAAGGGAUGCAUUGACUGGUUUUGUCAUUUGCUCAUCUCCUGGGAAAGCGCGAGGAUGCUUCUUGUAUACGAGUUUUCGUAAGUUGCAGGUGCAGCACCCAUUGGGUGCUGAACAGUCCUUACUUUUCUAACAUUCUCCUUUGGAGUCCUUACUUUUGUAACAUUCUCCUUUGGAGUUGUUAGAUUCGUUGGUUUAGUCAUCAGGGCGGUUGCUUCCUGCAACAUGAUCUUGCUUGCUAGUGAGACAGCUCUGUAACUUUGCGUGUUGCUCCAGUUGCUGAUGUCAUGUUGCAAGUGCCAGUGUAAGAGCGAAUUUUAUAUAUAUAUAUAUAUAGGUAUGUAUAUAUACACAUAUGACGAUAUAUAGGUAGGUAGGUAGGUAGGGAGAGAGAGAGAGAGAGAGAGAGAGAGAGAGAGAGACGGGGGGUGAUGCUGGGGGAUUGAUGAUUCAUCUUUGGAGAAUGCAAGACGUGUGGAGUUUGCUUUCGCAUUUUAUUCCCUUAGUUUUGGGGUGGAGGUUGAGUACCUCUUCUCUUUGAUGCUGUGAGAUGUGUGCAAACAAUCUUUGUAGUCCUGGAGAUAAUUGUUGCUAAGUUCAAUGCAAUUGGUCAUAUGUUGCCACAUAUGCUAGGGACAUGUAUGGAUAGAGAGGACGGAAGGGAACGAGUGAGUGACUGACUAUGAUGUGUAAGGGUGCGUCCAGUUUCUCUCUACUGUGUGCAUGGGAAUGUCCAACUGGCUACUCCAGUCCUUGUUAUGUGCUUAAGAAAAGGCCUUGCUUCCGUUUCUUUCAGGACCCUGUGUUUACUGACGAAACAUUCCAAUUUUGUAAGCUGCUUAGAAUCUUCGAAUGAUUCACUGUAUUAUGUUCCGAGUUAUCCCGCCUAGUAGAGGACUGUGUGCAUGGGAACAUCUUGCUGAGUUCUGCAGUCACCGUUAUCUCCUUGAAGAAAAAACCUUGCUUCCGUUUCUUGGCAGGACUCGGUGUUUUCUUAGAAACACUCAGUUUUGUGAGCUGCUUACAGUCU